GGAGGAUGUUUCUUGACAAAACAAAGCUCUGCCGCCGAGAAAGAAGACGAAAAAGAAACAAAGGAAAAAGUCGGAUUGUGGCGUUUCGGAAAUGAAGGAUAUUCUUAUUUUCUUCUCCAGAAUUUUAAAUCCUAAUACUAGAAUUUUCAUUUUCAAUAAAAUAUAAAAUUGAAGCUUGAGAAUCUCUGCGGUUUUGUUUCUUUGUUUUUUAGAUUCAUUGUUUUCGAAUAUCAUAAAAACCAAGGAGUUGGAAUUCACACUUGGGCUAAAUUCAACAGAGAAGAACAUUUGUGAAGCACACUUAAAGAAUCUGCUAGUGAGGAGGAAUCUUGUGUAGUUGGAAGCAUCUGUUUGUUCGAAGAAUAAUCAGCAAGUUUGGAGUUUGUGUCUUUAAAAGAGCAGCUUGGUCGUGUACUGAAUUAUCGCAAUGGCGACAGGCCUUGUAUCUGGAAGUUCCGUUUUGUACUGUAAACUUAAGUUGUAUAAGGAACGUGGUUACAAAGAAGCUUCUUGGGCAUCUGGCGUGACUUUCAAAAGGUGCUCAAAAAGAGAGAUUUCGUGGUCAUGUGGAGUUUCCAAGUGCUUGCAGGUUCGAGAACAUGAAUUCUUCAGAACUACCUUUACUAAUAACAGAGCCCCAUUCAGACCUCUUACUACUGUAUCAUGCCUCGGAAAUGAUGCCACCAAGUAUUUUGACUUUGCUAUCAUUGGCAGUGGAGUCGCUGGCCUACGAUAUGCUCUCGAAGUUUCAAAACAUGGAUCUGUUGCGGUGAUUACAAAAGCUGAGCCUCAUGAGAGUAACACAAAUUAUGCGCAAGGUGGUGUCAGUGCUGUUUUGGGCCCUUUAGAUUCUGUAGAGAAUCACAUGCGGGAUACCAUUGUGGCAGGGGCAUACCUAUGUGAUGAGGAAACUGUCAGAGUGGUGUGUACAGAAGGUCCUGAUAGAGUCAGAGAACUAAUUGAUCUUGGUGCAUCAUUUGAUCAUGGAGAAGAUGGGAACUUGCAUCUAGCGAGGGAAGGAGGGCACUCUCAUCACAGAAUUGUUCAUGCCGCUGACAUGACAGGAAGGGAGAUAGAGAGGGCCUUACUGAAAGCAGUUCAUGACAAUCCAAACAUAUUUAUGUUUGAACACCAUUUUGCUAUAGAUUUGCUGACUUCUCAGGAUUGCUCAGAAAUUUAUUGUCAUGGGGUGGACACCCUGAAUUCCGAAACACAAGAGGUGGUUAGAUUUAUCUCAAAGGUAACUUUACUUGCAUCUGGUGGAGCAGGGCAUAUUUACCCCUCAACUACUAAUCCGCCGGUAGCCACUGGUGACGGGGUGGCCAUGGCUCAUCGAGCACAAGCUGUGAUCUCCAACAUGGAGUUUGUGCAGUUCCAUCCAACUGCAUUGGCAGAUGAAGGUCUUCCAACCAAACCAACAAAAAUCCGGGACAACUGUUUUCUCAUUACAGAAGCUGUCAGAGGAGACGGAGGCGUCCUAUAUAAUCUAGGUAUGGAAAGGUUCAUGCUUCAAUAUGAUGAAAGAGCUGAACUUGCUCCAAGAGAUAUAGUGGCUAGAAGUAUAGAUGACCAACUAAAGAAACGUAAUGAGAAGUAUGUCCUACUUGAUAUAAGCCAUAAACCAAGGGAAGAAAUCCUUGCCCACUUCCCAAACAUAGCUGCUGAGUGCCUACGGCAUGGACUGGACAUUACCCAUGAUCCAAUACCUGUUGUCCCUGCUGCUCAUUAUAUGUGUGGUGGGGUCCGCGCUGGACUCCAUGGAGAGACAAACAUCCGUGGGUUAUACGUGGCUGGCGAGGUAGCAUGUACUGGGUUGCAUGGCGCAAACCGACUUGCAAGCAACUCAUUGCUUGAAGCACUCGUGUUUGCACAGCGAGCGGUACAACCUUCUAUCGAGCACAUGGAAGAUUCACAUCUUGAUCUUAGUGCUUUAGAUUCUUGGGAUCGUCCUGUUGUACCCGUCUCUUUCGGGAACUCGGUACUGGAAGAGAUAACACAGAGAACCAGGGAUGUGAGGGAGGAGCUUCAAUCAAUAAUGUGGGAUUACGUGGGAAUUUUAAGGUCCACUAGUCGACUGAAGAUGGCAGAGCAAAGGAUUGGAGAGCUAGAGGCUGAAUGGGAAGAGUAUCUGUUUCAGAAAGGGUGGGAAGUGUCGAUGGUGGGACUUGAAGCAGGUGAAAUGAGAAAUCUGUUUUGUUGCGCGAAGUUAGUUGUCAGCAGUGCACUAUCACGGCACGAGAGUCGUGGGCUUCACUUUACUAUCGAUUUUCCUCAUUUAGAGGAGAGCAAGAGACGGCCUACAAUCAUCUUCCCUUGUUCGCCAGUAAAGGGUAGAUGGAGUUCUCAACAACCACACAAACAACUUCAUGGUUGAAAUUAGCUGCGAAGGUAAAAGAAAGAAAGCAAAACGAAAUUGUAUUUGAAUCAUAUACACAUCUCAUUCUUAUAGUUUACCCAUUUAAUCAUUUAAAAGCACAAAACUAUUAUUGGAAGCAAAACUGUAAUUGAAAUAACAGUAAAAAUUGGAGCCAUGGUUAUCUUCAUCUCACAGGACUAUGAGCAUACUGUUCAUGGUUUUGUCA